AUGAAAAGGGAAGACACCAGCACCAGUACCUCACUCUCAUCCGAAUCGGAAGGACUGCCAAUCGAGGCACUCUCUUUCCAUCCUUCACGAUGCCUUGCUUUCAAGCAGUGUCUGGAGUCUCAUUCCUACUGUAAUCGAAACGUGGGCCAGGCCGACGCCCUGCCGAAGCGGCUGGUGGAUAUGGGGGAGGAGGGAUUGUUCAGGCCGAGAUUGGUGUUGACGAGCGAACUCAAACAGAAACACAAAGACGGGAGUAAAGACAAAGACAAGGCUUACGCUAACGCUACAGCCACAGCCCAUCCGAUCAAGUACAUCGCCCUCAGCCACAGCUGGUCCAGUCUUUCCCAGCGUGAUAAAAAGUCGUUGUCGACGACGCGGGAAAAUGAAUCUCGGCACUACAACAAAAUCGACGUCGAGGCCAUUCCGCCAAACUAUCGAGCUGUCAUGCACAUGUGUCGCGCUCUGGGGGUUCGGUAUCUUUGGAUGGAUUCACUGUGUAUUGUCCAGCAGCCCACAGAUGACAAUCGUGUUGAUUGGGAUGAGGAAGCCGGCCGCAUGCGACAGAUCUACGGUGCGGCAGUGUUGACGGUCGCCCUGAAUACGACACAACCACUCUUCAAGAAGACCGAGAAAGCGGAUCAAGCCGAUCCUGCCGAUCCUGCCAAUCAAGCCGUUCAAGCCGAUCCUGCAGAGUGGGAUGCCAUUGAACGUGAAUGCCGCCUCAUUGAUCAUAUCCUCUGGCGCCCCCUUUUCACGAAACGAAUCCUGCAAGGAGGCAUUGUGGGAGAGCGAGCCUGGUGCCUGCAGGAGCGACAUCUGUCGCCGCGCGUGCUGCAUCUGCUCGACAACGGCAAGUUCAUCCUCGAAUGCGCGCAGGGAGGCAUGGUCGACAACUCACAGAGAAACCCGCGCGUGCGCCGAGGCGAGAUACCCUACUCGAGGGGCGACAAACUUGCCAUAACCAAACGACUGGUCGACAUCGAAUACGAGUAUGAGCAUGGCGGCAAGACCAUCUCUUCGUCGGUGCUGUUGAGCUAUUGGUACGACUUUUGGAUCGAGUACAGCCGCCGCAAACUGACUGUCACCACUGACAAUCUGGCCGCAUUGGCCGGCAUGGCCGAGUCCAUGCAGAAACUCACGGCCAUGACUUACUUGUCUGGUCUCUGGCUGGAAGACCUGCCACGAGGCUUUCUGUGGGAAAGCACCUUUGCCAGCCCGGGGAAUCGACCGGAGCACACUCGCUUCAACACCUACCAUGCCCCGACCUGGUCGUGGAGCUCGGUCGAUGGACCGACUAGGCUGGUCCCGGAACUCACCCCUGGGAAUCUUGGAAUCAUAGACGACGAGAAGAAACAAUUCCUUGUGACGGCCAUAUCACCACUCGUCCAUGGUACUGCAAUCCAGCUGUACGGCAUCCUGAAACAAUUUGCCUGUGUCAGCUCAAACAAUGCUAGACACACUCCUAGACACGCUCCCCGCGACCUAGAUCCGGGUGACCAAGGAAUCCUACGCCAGGGAAGUGUUGUAUUUGACGUCCCUGCGGAAUCUCACCAGUUGCUCAAGGCACAGCAUGGGCGGCUCUGGUGCCUCCCCUUGGUCGGGUCUUUCGAAAUUUCUGAUCCUGCGCAACGUCCAGGUCUUCCAGGUCUUCCGGAUAAGAAGACUUGCCUGGGAAUGGGACUUGCGAAGGUCAAUCCAAUGCCAGGGACUGAUAUGCAAACAUUUCGCAGAAUAGGCUUGGUGCGGCUGACUUUGAAGGAUGGCUCGUGGCACGACCUCAAGCAUCUGGCAACGCCCAUCCGACUAGUCUGA